UGUUCUACCGGAGAGAUGUAUAAAAGUCGUCUCCGCUGCAGUUCUACCAUCAGUCGCUCAUCAGCCACAGAACAAUCAAAUCAAAUCAACAUGAAAUUCAUCAUCCUCGUCGCCGUCGCCCUCGUGGCCGUCGCCUCCGCCCUCCCCGUAGAAGAGCCUGAGAAAACCGUCAAGUCCAACUUUGAUGUCAACCCCGAUGGAGAAUACAACUUUGGCUUCGAGACCGAGAAGGGCAUCAACCGCCAAGAAAGCGGUCAACUGAAGACUGUCGUUGACGCUGAGAACAAACCCCAAACCGUCGUCGUAGUCCGUGGCUCUUACAGCUACACCGACAACGAAGGCAAGGUUGAGACCAUCAACUACGAAGCUGACGAGGAAGGUUACCGCGCCCAGGGAGCUUCCAUCCCCGUCGCCCCCGUCGCCAGGAGAUAAGCUACCACCGACCACUUAUUGAUUAAUAAUCGAUUGAUUCUUCUACGUGACAAUUAAUCGGUUGUUCAUCAGUUAUUCUAUAUCGUGACUUUGAUAACGGAUACCAGAACGAUUACUAUGACACAGGAGCAUGCAGCAACCAUUAUCUGCAUGCGUGGUCUUUUUUCUUGCCUUUUGCCAUCUUAGUCAAAUAAGGCUGUUGUGCUCUAAUAGUGUAAUUCGUACUGUAAAUAAACUAGUUUAAAUUUCA